AUGGCUACUCAAGAGGCGCGUGAAGCUGCGCAUAGGCAGGAUGCGCAGUGGCUGUCUUACAAGUUUGACCGCUAUCGUGAGGAUGGCACGGCUCCUCCCAGGGCCCCGACCGUGGGCGAACACGGCAAUUGGGAAUUGCCAGUCGCCAAGGAGUUCCGUCAUGGGCUGCGGCCAGCUCAGAAGCCGAUUGAAUGGAAGCCCAUCGAGGCGCCUGCCCGAGUUCCUGCUGAGCUCGACCACAGGGACGACACGAAAGGUCUGCACAAGCAUGAGAGAGCCGUGUGGCGGCGAAUAAUGGCGGUACAUGACAUGUUCCCUCCUGAUGUCGAUGGUGAUAUAACCUAUCAGCGCCUCCUUGGCUACGGAGAACACAAUGUCGCCAUGCUCUACACCUUUGACGAUGGGACAGCAAAGGCUCGGGAAUUCGUGCUCAAGAUUGGACUCUACAAGCCUUUGAACGACCCCCGCAUCCGCCGAGAGAGAAGAAUGCUGCAAAAAGUCCGCCGAUCUCAGCACAUUAUUCAAAUGUACGAUCCUGAGGAGCUUGGCCUGACCGUCAGUCCCGGCCCGCGGCUUGAGUUUGACGAGGUGGACGAUUCCGAACCUCCUCUCUCUGACAGUGGUGACGAUUCACCCAGCGAUGAUGAACCGGAGCCGAAGCGAAGAAGGAGAGAUUACACCCAAACCCAACUCAAGAAGAAGCGAAAACAGAUGGAAAAUGCCUACUGGGCUCGUACGGAUCCUCUCAGCAUUGCCGGGCGCACGCCAAAACACGACCCGACAGUGGAAGAAAUAGGACGUCGAGAUUAUAUUCUACUCGAGUAUAUGCCAAAUGGUACCCUUGAAAGUUUUAUUGCUAGACUCAAUGAGGCGGACGAGAAAUGCCCAAAUCGCGUCUUGUGGUCGUUUUGGGUUUGUCUGAUUCGAGCUUGCAUUGCCAUGGCCUACCCAGUACAUAGGCAUAACCGGAAAAGAAAUGAUGCUGCAUUCGCUGGAGCGCUGAGCGAAAUGAUACCGGCUCAAGCAGUUAGACGCGAGAAAAUCCGGCCCUUUGUUCACUUUGCGAUCGAACCAAGAAAUGUCUUGAUUGGCCGCAUUCCUAGUGACGUGACCUAUGACGAGCACUCGGACGAGGUUACACCAAUCCUAAAGCUUGCUGGUUUUGGGCAAUCAGAGGUUAUUAAAGAGCAGAGAAGAAAUUGGUAUUAUGAGAGAAGACGAACUUGCGGUAGACACGGGUACUAUGCACCAGAGCAAUUCACCGAGCUGUGGGAUACAUUUGCCCCAAAUAUGGACGGCGAUGAAAUCUGCGAGCAGCAUCUCGCCGGCAACUAUGGACCGGCGAUGAACGUCUGGGGCAUUGCUUUGACUCUCCUCUGCGUCAUUACCCGCUCGGAGCCAACUCUCCCGCCGCGGGCAGCCACGGCCAAAAUCUUGGCUCGGAGGGGCGACAAAAAGUCGGGCUGGUGGAAUCACUACACGUACGGGGCCAUGCUGGUCAAGGAGCCCAAGAACGAGAGAUGGAGCUACGUCGACGAGGAGCUGCGCGAGGUUCUGGCCAAGUGCCUCGCGCGCGACCCUGCCCACCGCCCCGACCUGCAGACCCUCUUGGACACUGCCAUCAAAAAGUGCGAGGACGAUGGGCCCUAUGUGUAUGCCGACGGGGAGACGGCCGCGACUAAUGAUUUUGUCUUCAAAUGGAUGAGAAAUCUGCUUGAACAUACUACAUUAGGAGUCGCCACUGCGCCUUGGGGUCCCAUUUGA